CAGCGGGUGGGGGAGCCUGGGACAGAGCUGGGCCCAGACUGGGGCCACGGAGCCUGGAGAGCAAGCUUCACAGGGCUCCAGUGUCCAUUGACUGUGGCUGAGGCGAGGAGGGGGGGCAGCCCCUUUCCUGGGGGUGCCCCCCCCCACUGAGCCACCAUGCUGAGCAUCAAGUUACCCCAGCUGCUCCGGGUUCAUCAGGUCCCUCGGGUAAGAGAGGGGCCGGUCCCCUCCAAUCCAUCUCCCUCACUUUCAUGGGCUGCAUCUCUCCUCCACCCUGCCCUCUCAAACCAAACGAGGGUGAGAAAGAGAAAUUUACUUCUCCAUUCUGUCUUCUUCUCCCCCCUGAUCCUUGGGAAGUCCCUCAGGCAGCCCAGCCCUCCAUCAUCCCAUCCUGAUGUCAGCCCUGCAGAUGUGAUAUCUGCAGAAGGGACAAUGACAACCGGAGCAGGAACCCACAGGUUCUGCCACAGUCACCAGCUGUUCCACAUCUGUGCGGUGCUGGGCACUCACUUCCAACUGGAGGCAGUGCUGGCCGACAUGGGGGCACGGCGGGCCUGGCUGUCAGCCCACAGCCCUCCCUUGUCCCUGGCAGCCACGGUGGCCACCAUGGGCCUCGCCGUGACAGGGAACGUGCUCAUUAUUGCCAUCUUCACGAUUGCCCUGCUUCGUGCCCCCCAGGUCUGUCCCCUCCUGCAAGGGGCCCAGUCUGAGUCGGUAGGCAAGGCCAAGGGAGAAUAAGGAGAGGAGGAACCUCAGAAGGUGUCUUUCUCCCCAGAGACCACACCAUCUAGCUAUCUCCUCAGCUUGUGGCUCAGUCUGCUGCCACCCUUCUUCUCCAUAGUUUUUUCAUCUCUAGCUGAGAAAUAGAACAGAGACCUAGGUACCCCGAUCUUCAGCCCUGGGGAGCUGAGGCACAAAGUCCUGAGGCUGUAAGAAAGAGAUGCUGAGAGAGGACAAGAGAAGAUUGAAGGGGAAGUGGGGAACGGAGGGGUCAGAGGAACCGGGAUGAAAGGCAGGGGAGGAGAUGGAGCAGGAGACCUCUUGUUUGGAGUAGAGGCAGGUGCUAAGGGUGAGAGAUGGGACUGGCUAGUGGGAGAAAGCUGGGGGGAUCUCUCAAGUUCUCAAAGGGUGUAUAAGCUCAAGGGGAUAGGAAGGAUCCUUGAUGGAUUCAAAUUGAAUCAGCUUGAGCUGUAUGGGAGAGAUCCUGGGGUCUAAGGACCACAAAUGGGGCCAGAGUAAGCCAUUAGGGAUAUUAGGAGUUCUGAUAGGGGCCACAUUAUUAGGUUAUUAUCUGGGCCUAGGUUAGAACAAUCUAGAGGAAGUAUUAUAGAUGCAAUAUUGGGUGUCAGAGAUUGAGGUGUCUUCUUGGGGUCCCCCUUCAGGAUCAUGCAGAUAAGGAAAUAACUCUUUGUAGGGAGCCUUGGAGUCCUGGUACUCUAUAAUCUCCUCUUCCUGAGGAAACUAACACCAUUAAUUUAGACUUCACCAAAGGGGCCACCCUUUAACCCCAAUCAUUGGGACCAAAUUCAAGAGGGGAGAGGGACACAAAGUACCUGCCUCACCUGGCCCUCUAGAAUGAAGAAACUCCCAGAAUUAGAUCAUCUCCAAGCCAAGAUGGCAGCUGAGAUGGGUGAAGGAAUUGACUGAUUCCUGGGAAAAACUGGAUUGAAAUGGUUACACCCCUCUUGGUGUGUGUAUCUGCUUUACUAGCAACUAUUUGCCAAUAAAGAUUUUCUCUAUCUAA